AUGUUUGCAUUGGUCAGAAGCGCUUUAAAUCAUCCUGGAAGCGGCCUGGAAGGAGCACAAUCCUGGGGUGAGUUUGUGGACGCGCUGGUGCUGGUGGUGGUCCCUUUGAACUCCUCUGCUGGGUCCAAUCGCGCGCGGGUCUGGACUGCCUCUGGAGCGAAAAAGAAGCGCGACUACAAGCGGCUAUUCCAGAGGAAAUGGGCACAAACAGAAGAGAUGAGAAAACGCGUCCAAAAUAAAAUAAAUCCGUUGGAGAUGGCGGCGGUGCUCCCUCUGCUCCCGCGUCCCUGUCUCGCCCAAACACUUCUCUCUCUCGGAUUUCUGCCUCGCUCCUCGCGUCUCACCGUCAGUCAGCUGGAACCAACACGGGCCACGGGCGUGACGUCAGCGCUCACGGGGAAAGGCUCCGUGGGGGCGGGGUUCAUUUGCAUACAUGAGGCACGCCCCCUCCCUCCUCUUCCUCCCCUCCCUCCCCUCCCUCCCCCGUCCUGCACUUUCUCUGGAGUGGAGUAA